GACGUAGACUCUUAUCGCCGGGAAGUUACAACCACUGAUUUCCAGAAACUCAUACUACUGCCACCAUAGACGAUUCCCUCCGCCCCCGCCGCUUCUAUGACUUCCAUUCUCAACACCGUCUCCCCCAUCCUCUCCUCCAGAGUUUACUCCGCGGAACGUUUCGGAGCUCUCUCGCUCCGAAAUCCCGUCGAGUUCACUCGUCGACGUCCCGGUUGGUCCACGCCGGACUUUGAGUCUUCUGGGCGGAGAUUGGUUGUGCGUGCUGCGGAGACUGAUACUGAUAAAGUUAAAUCUCAGGUACCGGACAAGGCACCAGCUGGUGGUUCAAGCAUUAACCAGCUUCUUGGUAUCAAAGGAGCUGCUCAAGAGACUAAUAAAUGGAAGAUUCGUCUGCAGCUUACAAAGCCAGUCACUUGGCCUCCAUUAGUCUGGGGAGUGGUCUGUGGUGCUGCUGCUUCAGGGAACUUCCACUGGACUCCAGAGGACGUUGCUAAGUCCAUUCUUUGCAUGUUGAUGUCUGGCCCAUGUCUUACUGGUUAUACACAGACUAUCAACGACUGGUAUGAUCGAGAUAUUGAUGCUAUUAAUGAGCCGUAUCGUCCAAUUCCAUCCGGAGCCAUAUCAGAGCAAGAGGUUAUCACACAAGUCUGGGUGUUGUUACUGGGAGGUCUCGGAAUUGCUGGAGUCUUAGAUGUGUGGGCCGGGCAUACCACUCCCACUUUGUUCUAUCUUGCUCUGGGAGGAUCUUUGCUCUCUUAUAUCUACUCUGCUCCACCUUUGAAGCUAAAACAAAAUGGAUGGGUUGGAAACUUUGCACUGGGGGCGAGCUAUAUCAGUUUACCAUGGUGGGCUGGACAAGCAUUGUUUGGCACUCUUACACCAGACGUUGUCGUUCUAACACUCUUGUACAGCAUAGCUGGGUUGGGAAUAGCCAUUGUUAAUGACUUCAAAAGUGUUGAAGGAGACAGAGCAAUGGGGCUUCAGUCUCUCCCUGUAGCUUUUGGCACUGAAGCUGCAAAAUGGAUAUGCGUUGGUGCUAUAGACGUUACUCAACUCUCUGUUUCUGGCUAUCUAUUAGCGUCUGGCAAACCUUAUUAUGCGUUGGCGCUACUUGCUUUGAUAAUUCCACAGAUUGUGUUCCAGUUUAAGUACUUUCUCAAGGACCCUGUCAAAUACGACGUCAAGUACCAGGCUAGUGCACAGCCGUUCUUGGUGCUUGGCAUAUUCGUGACGGCAUUAGCAUCAAGUCACUGAAGGAGCGUAUUCUAGUGGAGUUUUUGGCCACAAAGCAAAUGUGCUAUAUUGCGGAGGCAUCGACUAGUCUUAAGACGCUGUAAAAUAUAAUGUAUGUACCCAUCACUAGAAACAACUCUUGUUUCUUGUUGUAUCAAGCUAGUCGAGACAGGUGAACUGAGAGCGCUAUGUAAGUGUUUCUUAUAGUAUGUCCUAAUGCAAAAUUUCAGUAAAAGAAAA